UUUGUUUUUACUGAAAAAAUGUUUUCAAUAAAACAUUAAAAUUAAUGUUAAUUUUUGUUAAUUUAAUAAAAUUGAAUGUGUGUAAGAGAUGUUACAACGAGCGGGCCCACCAACAGCGAGAGGGAAAAAACAUCUGGCAACACCGAGUUGAACGAGGCUUCGCACGCUUAGAUUGUUGACGGUUGACGACUGUGUAACCAGCCGUACGAAUAAUAAAGUGUUUCAUCCGUAUUCUCAUCCGUAGUCUCAUCCCUUUGGGUUAUUGCGCAUAGACACGACAUAAAUGGUGCCGUGACCAGGAUUUGGCCAGAACCGACAUCAACAGGUACGCAAUUCCCUUGUUACUACCGUUAUCCGAUCCGUUGUCGUCCCGCUCAUCGUUACGGGCUUUCGCCGCCAUAUUGCCCGUCUUCUCCGUUGUUCGCAGAACUGAUUUCAUUACCCCACCGUCACAUGACCGAAACAUGACCGAAACAUUUCCGAACGGAACAAAUCCAAAUUCCACCAAGGAAUUGAGUAAGCUCCGACGCUGCCGUAAUACCAUAAGAACGUCCGUGACGAAGAUGAUCGGCAAGAUCAACGCCAUUUCGGACCCGACGCCGUCCGAUGAAAUCGAACUGUCCCGUGACAUGUUGAACAAUUGGCUUAGGGAGUUAAAGAUAUUAGAUGAAGCUAUUCAUGAUAAACUCGAGGACACGGAAUACGAAACCGACGCCGCUGCCUGUGAAGAGAGAGAAGAAUCUACCCGACUUGCCGUGAUUCGAGCCCAACGAGUUCUCGACCGUAGGAACGCCGCAUCCGACCUCACCCCGGCAAGCCCCAUCAGUCCCGACUCUCCGUCCUUUAUUGGUCAACCACAGGCACCCACUCGCACCAGAUUGCCCGCCUUGGUCCUUGAAUCGUUUGAAGGAGAAAUAGCUAAAUGGCAACGCUUCUGGGAACAGUUCACAGCGGCCAUUGAUGAGGACCCAAAUAUACCGGACAUUGAAAAGCAUGUCUUCCUUCGGGGAUAUCUUCGCGGUGAGGCUAAGCGCCUAGUAGAUGGCAUCGCCAUAACCGCAGGGACAUACGCGGUGACCAAGGCUCGACUACUGAAGAAAUAUGGAGAUAAGAACCGUAUAAUUCAGGCCCACAUCGACUACCUAGACGGUCUACAACCUUUAAUCCAUCCGACCGCCGCCAAAUUGAACGACCUCUUCGUGGAGUGCAACAAUAGAGUGCACGCCCUGAAAGCCCUGGGAGAGCCCAUUAGCCAUUAUGGACGCAUCCUAACGCCGAAAAUCCUUCGUGUAUUCCUAGAUUCUUUGUGUGAACGAUAG